AUGUAUUCGAUCCUCGCCACAUCGCUCGUCCUAUCACUCGCCCUCUUCUGCACAGCGGCGCUAAACUCCUGCUCGUUCGCGACAAACGAUAUUUCUCUAACGGAAGCCCAACUGAUACAAAUUGCUCCGCAAUCAAAAUCCUGCGACGACCCUCCAGCAAAGGGAGAAUGUGCUAUGGCAAAGACAGCCGCCGACUCCAUCUCCCAAUCUUUCAAUAUAAACAAAGUCACCAAUAAAGCCGAACAAGUCGCAAUCCUCAGCCUGAUGGCCUUCGAAAGUAACGAUUUCAAGUACAAAAAGAACCAUUUCCCCGGUACACUGGGACAAGGCACGCGCAAUAUGCAAUCUCCCGCCUUCAAUAAGAAAUAUGCGAAGAGCAUUCCCGAGCUGAAAAGUAGAUUUUAUUUCGUGGAAAAUUUCCCGCCGAUCUACUUGACUUGUUGCUGCUCGAAAGAAGUGCGUUCUGCGCUACAGGAUGGUUCUGAGAAGGGGUGGAAAAAUUAUAUCACUGAGUGCCGUGAGACUAAUGUUACCCAUGAGCGGAAGGAAUAUUGGGACCGGUCUGCUAAGGCUCUUGGUGUGAAGGAUGCUUAA